AUGGCCGACGCCGCGCCCGAGCUCAAGGAGUUCCCGGAGUUCCCGGGGGAACCCAUGAGCAAGAGUGAGUAUAAGAAGAGAUUGAAGCAGCGAGAGAACGAGGCGAAGAAGGCGGCCAAGGAGGCGGCCAAGGCGGAGGCGGCCAAGGCGCAACCGGCGAAGGAGAAGAGCGAGGAGGAUCUCGAAGUGGAUCUGGACCCGGCGCAGUACACGGCGGGACGGAUUAAGAAGGUUGUGGCGGCGAAGUCGAGGGGAGAGGCGCCGUACCCGCAUAAAUUCCACGUCGACACGCGAUUUGAGGAGUUCAUCGCCAAGUACUCGAGCCUGCCGGAGGGUGGCGCGGCGGACGAGACAUGCUCCAUCGCGGGGCGCAUCAUGUCCAAGCGCGCGAGCGGUAAAAAGCUGUACUUUUAUGAUUUGGUCGCGGAUGGAAAGAAGAUCCAGAUCACCGCGGACGAGGCAGGCGCGACGGGGUACGAUUUUGCGAAGGUGCACGCCGCCACGCGACGCGGGGACAUUGUCGGCGUUGUGGGUAAGCCAGGUAAGACGAAGCGAGGCGAGCUCUCCAUCUUUCCGGUAGAGUUCUCCAUUCUCACUCCGUGCUUGCACAUGCUUCCGGGUUUCUCUGGCUUGCGAGACGUGGAGACGCGCUUCCGUAAGCGCUUUUUGGAUUUGAUCAUGAAUAACGAGGUUCGCGACACGUUCUACAUUCGAUCAAACAUCAUCCGCUACGUGCGCAAAUACUUGGAUGAUCGCGAUUUCUUGGAGGUUGAAACGCCAAUGAUGAAUAUGAUCGCUGGUGGUGCCACCGCGCGACCGUUUGUCACCCAUCACAACGACUUGAACAUGACGCUCUUCAUGCGCAUCGCGCCCGAGCUCUACCUCAAGCAGCUCGUCGUUGGGGGCAUCGAGCGCGUGUACGAGAUCGGUCGUCAGUUCCGCAACGAAGGCAUCGAUAUGACGCACAACCCAGAGUUCACGACGUGCGAGUUCUACCAAGCGUACGCCGAUUAUAACGAUUUGAUGACCAUGACGGAGGAGAUGAUCUCUGGCAUGGUGUACGCCAUCAAGGGAUCGUACAAGAUCCAGUACCACGCCAAGGGCCCGGAGGAGCCGCCGAUUGAGAUCGACUUCACUCCUCCGUUUCGUCGCAUCUCCAUGGUCUCUGGUCUCGAAGAGGCACUGAACAUCAAGUUCCCAUCCACCGAUUUUGCCUCCAAGGAAAACGAGGCAUUCUUGCAAAAGCUCAUAAAAGAGAAGGAAGUUGAGCUCACUCCGCCACACACGACGGCGCGUAUGCUCGACGCCCUCGUCGGAGAGUACCUCGAGUCUCAACUCGUUAACCCGGGUUUCAUCUGCGAUCACCCGCAAAUCAUGUCUCCGUUGGCCAAGUACCACCGCAGCAUCCCGGGCAUGACUGAGCGUUUCGAGCUCUUCGUCAACACAAAGGAGCUGUGCAACGCAUACACGGAGCUGAACGAUCCGAUCGAUCAACGUGAACGUUUUGAAGAGCAAGCCGCCGCCAAGGAGAGUGGCGACGAUGAGGCGAUGCUCAUCGACGAGACAUUCGUGGAAUCAUUGGAGAUUGGAUUGCCGCCCACCGGCGGUUGGGGCUUGGGCGUCGAUCGCCUCACGAUGCUCCUCGCGGAUAAGAACAACAUCAAGGAAGUCUUACUCUUCCCUGCGAUGAAGCCAGACGAACAAGCGCCGAGCGAAGGCGUGAAGAACAUGACAAUUUAA